AUGACCUUGACGCCUACGCGCUCGUCGUCGCCGCCGACGGCGCGGACACGCAACAACAAUGCCAACGACGCGCAGCGGCGCGACUCGACAGGCUCGAUCCUGUACUAUGCCGACCACCAGCCGCCGUCCCCGACAGACUACAUGCGCAGUCGGAUCCGGCGCGUGGCGCGGCUACGCCUGAGCGGGCGGCUCAGGUUGAACCUGCACCCGACGACCCAGCGCUACAGCCACGCGCAGCCGGCCGAGACGGACGGCGAUGGGGACGGGGACAGUAUCAGCAUUAUCGAGCGGGACAUGGACGACCAGCUGUCGCCGCUUGACAGGCUGCAGUCGCGGUUCUCGGACACGAGCGUGAGCGACCUGGGCAAUGACGAUAACGACGACGACGAUGACGAUGGUGGUGGUGAUGAUGAUGACGACGACGACAAUGUGAACGACAAGGACGAUGGCAACGAAAAUGGAAUAGACGACCGCGGGGACGCGAUAUCGACGUGUGGCGACCUCGUCGACAUGGACGCGCACCGCACCAGCCCGCACCGCAAGUCGGGCUGGUCCUCGAUGCCCGACAUGGCGCUCCUGCGCCGCCUGCGGCGGCUCAGUCACCGCUACAGCAUCUCCACCUCGGGCGCCACGGGUGGUGCUCGUACCGGUGCUGAUGCUGUCUUGUGA